AUGGCGAUGACAGAACAUUCAAGUGUUGUUUCACCACUACUCACUGAUCUCUAUCAAAUUUCGAUGGCCUAUGCUUAUUGGAAAAGUGGCAAACAUCAAGAGGAAUCUACAUUCGAUCUAUUUUUUCGUAAGAAUCCAUUUGGUGGUGAGUUUACAUUGUUCGCUGGCCUUGAAGAUUGUCUAAAAUUUGUACAAAAUUACAAAUUUCAAACAUCCGAUAUUGAUUAUCUUCGCAAAGCAUUACCAGACUAUAUCGAAAAGGAAUUUUAUGAUUUUCUAUCGACACUUGACAUGAAUGAUAUUAGAAUUUAUGCAAUGCCUGAAGGUUCUGUGGCUUUUCCUCGCUUGCCGUUGCUUCGCAUCGAAGGACCUCUUCUUAAAGCACAACUACUCGAAACAACUCUUCUAACACUGGUCAAUUUUGCCAGUCUAGUAGCAACGAAUGCCGCGCGAUUUCGCACGGCGGUAGAACCCCAAAAAAUAUUACAUGAAUUCGGUCUCCGACGUGCACAAGGUCCAGAUGGAGGUCUUAGUGCCUCCAAAUAUUGUUAUUUAGGUGGAUUUGAUGGUACGUCAAAUGUACUAGCUGGUAAACUAUACGGAAUUCCCAUUCGAGGAACACAUGCACAUGCUUUCGUUAGUUCAUAUCAAAAUCUUGAUGAGCUGAAAGUUCGAGAAUUAUCCGAUCGAAUCACUGGUGAAUCACGUCCAUUUGCUCAGUUGUGCUUGAAAUAUCUCGAUGAACUUGGUUCAAUACUCAAAAUCUUUCCUGACCAAACUAGCAAAGGCGAAUUGGCUGCAUUUAUUGCCUAUGCUAUCUCGUUUCCUUCUGGUUUCUUGGCUUUGGUCGACACAUACGAUGUUCUCAAGUCCGGUGUUCCGAAUUUCUUGGCUGUCGCUCUUGCAUUACACGAAUGCAAUUAUGAAGCACUUGGUCUUCGUUUGGACUCCGGUGACUUGGCCUAUUUAUCAUUGAGAGUACGAGCGAAUUUUGUUGAAGUUGCUCAAAAAUUCAAUCUAUCUUACAUCGAACAUUUGAAUAUCGUAGCAAGUAAUGAUAUCAAUGAGGAUACAUUACAUUCAUUGGAAAAACAAGGACAUGCAAUUGACACAUUCGGUAUUGGAACACAUUUAGUCACAUGUCAAAAACAACCUGCACUUGGUUGUGUCUAUAAAUUAGUCGAAUUGAAUGGAAAACCAUGCAUCAAAGUAAGUCAAGAUAUCGAAAAAGUGACAAUACCUGGUCGAAAGAAUGUUUACCGAUUCUACGAUAGUAACGGUGAAGCUUUAUGCGACUUGAUGACUACAACUGACGAAUCAGAACCGAUACCUGGCACUCGAAAGCUCUGUCGACAUCCAUUUUAUGAAACGAAACGUGCCUAUGUUACACCAACAACGGUGCAAACUAUGUAUAAAUUGUAUUGGGCUAAUGGUCAAAUUCAACAUGCAUUACCGACAUGGCAAGAAGUUCGUAUUUAUGCCCAACAACAAAUCAAAACAGUGCGUAAAGAUCAUCGACGAAAUCUUAAUCCGACGCCGUACAAGGUCUCUGUUACCGAUCAUCUCUAUUUGUUCUUACAUCGACUCUGGAUGAAUAGCGUACCGAUCGGUGAACUUGCCUAA